UCGCUAAGCGGUAAUGUUAAAACACAAACCACCUGUUGAUGCUAGUUUUGUUGCUAUGCUAGCAACUAUGCUACCAAUCAUCCAUAAGUCAGUUUUUCAUCCAGCUAAAGCUAACGUAUGCUAAUGCCAGUACGCCACAGUGCUGUUUGGAAACCUGUCUACUUUCCUCUAUUGUUCACAGCUAUUUUAAUAAGCUCGCAUACGAGUUUAGAGCUCACUGAGAUGUGUUGUUGGCUGCUAGCCACAGUGUAGCUCUCUAACCUGUCAGGCAGUGUCACGACAACAAUGCACCUGUCAACAGCAGACGGUCUGCUUUAAUCCUCUCUGUCCGUGUCACGGAGAGCAGGCCGGAGAAACUGUUACUAUAGCUGUAUUUAGCCUUUGAUAACACGCAUCUGUUUGUAUAUUUGUUGUCACCAGAGAGCCUGUGACUUGGCUGCAUCGACUUUCUCAGCUGUUAGCGUUAUUAGGAGCCUCCAGGGACACUAAACACCAUGAAGCAGAAGAUGUGAAGGAUUAUGUCAGCAGAGAUGAUGAGCAUAUAAUGUAAAGUAAGCUAUGAGCAUUUGCUCUCAAAGUGACAACAUGGAAUCGGAAAACAUAGCUGACCCGUAUGAAGACAACCGGGAUCGAAGUCGUCAGUCACACCGGAGUACAAAGAAGGAUUCCCGAGCGUCGUCUUCCCAUAAACACAAAAAGAAGUUCCGGGACAAGAUCCAUGACGAGGGUGAAAAAGAAGGCUGUGCUGACAGUAGAUCGAAAACCCGAACUUGGCGUUCAGAUCCAGACCGGGACCAGAUAUCAGAUGGAGAGAGACGGAGAAGUAGUGGGUCGUUUUACUCAGAGGACUAUGAGAAUGAUUCACCCUCAGAGGGCUCGCUCACACCGUACUCCCAGUCCCGGACUCCAUCGCCUACCCUUCACAGAGGGGUGCGGGCAAAGAGGAUUUCUAACAGCCCCUUCUACAAGACAGGUGGUGUGGGGCGCCGAGGCGUGUCUCGCCCGCAGCGUUUAGGUGGCCAGCCUCUGACCCAGCAGCAUCGCAAGGGAGUGCACUCACAAAGCAAGGAGUCCACCCCCCCAAAAGAUCUGGACCUGGUGACCAAGAGGAUGCUCUCGGCCCGCCUGCUAAAAAUCAAUGAACUGCGUAACUCCCUUGCUGAGCUGCAGCAGCGCACCGAUGAGUUGCAGAAGGAAAAUCGAAUUCUCAGACAGCUUCAGGUACGCCAAGAGAAAGCCCUGCAGCGCUACGAUGACACAGAGAGCGAGAUUUCCCAGCUGCUCGCGCGCCACAACAACGAGACCCACGUGCUGCGUGAGCGGCUCAGGCGCACUCAGGAGCGGGAACGGGUAGCCGAGAGGCAGAUGAAGGACAGCGAGGAGCAGCUGCAAAGGAGUCGGGCGACCAUCGCGCGACUGAAGAAGCUUGUAGACCAGCGAGAGUUGGGAGCUAGAGACGAGCUGAGCCGCAGGCUGGAGGAAGAGAAGACGCGGGCUCAAGAGGCAGAACGAAAGAUUAAGGAGCUGGAGCGCAGCAUGGAGCUGAGCAACAGCAGUUACCAGAGGCAGCUGGCUGCAGAGAGGAAGAAGACAAUCAGUGCCCAGGAGGAGAUCAGGACUCUGCAGGAAGAGCUGGAACGACUGACCAAUAAACUCAAGGAGAAGGAGAGAGAGCUGGAUGCUAGGAACAUCUACGCCAACCGCAUGAUGAAACCCCCAAUUAGAAAAGAUGUUGACAGUGGCAUGAAGCGGAAAGUCCCCAGCAGGAGCAGCACCAAGGCGGUGCAGGCUAAAGACAGGGCGUCUAGUCUGGAUUUCCCCACACCUCCCCCUGCCAUCACCGAUGCCAAUGACUGCACCGAACAGACACCUGACGAAUACCUAUCGCUCAAGCAGGAGCUUGACAGCGCGGACAGAUGUGCAGAGACAGAGGACAGACAUCAAAAGUGGGAACAGCAGAAGAUGAGAGAUAGAGAAAAGGAGAAGGAGUUGGUGAAGGAGAAAGAGAGAGAGCAGGAGAAAGAGGAGAAACGGCAAAUCAACCAGGAGCUUAAUGCCCUUGAGGAGAAGGCAAAGACACUAAGAGAUGGCUGGGAGAAAAAGAAAGAGGAAGAAGACAGAAAGAAGACAAGUCCCCUGUUCGACCGGGAGGAAGAGAACAACAGGAAGCGUGGCCAUGUCCAGGAAGAGGUGGAGAGGUGGAACCAGGAGGUUCUGGCCAAUCAGCAAGCAGCAGCAGAAGCACGUCGUAAAAAAGACCAGCUGCUGGCUAAGAUGCGUGAAAUAGACCAUCAAGACCACAGAGCCCAGGAUGCCAUCUUCUCUGAGUCUAGUCCCUCUGAGUCCAAUAAGGCUGCCAGUAACCAUUAUUCUCCUCAUCCUCCUGAGCAGAGGAACCAUAACUCUUCCAUUUUUAACCUCACAGAAUCAGAGGAUUCGGCCAGUUUGCGCACCGGUGCUGGAAGCAGGGACGGCGAAAGGAGAAGAUCAGGCAUGGAGGGUGGAGCUGCUAUAACAGGAAUAGGGAGGCGAGGGCUACGGCCUCAAAUCUCCAACGACGACUUGGCAUUCGGAAGCUACGCGCCUUCUUUCGGACAUUCAGCUUCUCGAGGCUCCUCAGGCUUCCCUCCACCUCCACCUCCACCCAAAGCGGACAGAGACUCUGCGUUAGAAGCAAUAGGUAUCUUCAGUCUCAGAGGGACGGAGACAGAGAAAGAAAAGGAGACAGAAAGAGCAGGGAAGGACAGGAAGUCUAGCCUCAUGCAGCAGCUAUUUGGCGCCGUGGCAACACCUGCUAGUGACAGCGUGAGCACCUCCAAUAAAAUGGAGGUCCUCAACAGUCCUCCAACGACCAAUGGAGUGCGUUCAAGAAGGGACGGACUGCUCAGCUUCAACUCAGGGUCCAACACGCCUCCAGCGUCCUCCCUGAACACUGUGCACACCGCAGAUAGCAGGCCUGCCGUCCGUGCCAUCACAUCAUUCGAUGAUGACAUAGAGGAACUUACUUUAUGAAGAUAAUUUAGAUAAUACUAUCUGACUCAUUUAACUUGUGUGACUGUUUAUGUUUUAUGCAGGACAUUUCUAAUUUAAUGUGAUCUUCAAGCAUUCAGGUGCAUGUGCGUAGACACAUGGAUGACAAAGAUAGUGUUUCUAAACUGGUGAUAUAGGAUUUUGACCCUUUGCACUUCCUAGUGUCGUGGAGACGGUGGCUUUUACUGGUAGUUUUUGUAACCAGCAGAAGGAUAGCAGCGCCACAACACACAGAAUCCCUGCUUCUAUAAUAUGUUUCCAAUUCUAAAAAGCAAGCAGUACAAUCACAAGGCAGUGGCGCCCCCAGCUGAAGGCCAGGGAUGGACCAUGGCUACCUUGAUACAAAAGCUGUGGAAGGCUCAUUUUUACGCUAGCGUUAAGGUACUGGUAUCUUCAACCUAAGACAUCCAUUGGUACCAACUAUGUCGGCAAACCUUGUUGGGAAGGAGGCCAAAUUAUGCUCCAAAGGGAGGCAAAAUUUUGGCGAGGGAACAACUGGCAUGGCCACUUCACCCAAGAGUCUCCAUUUAACUUGUGAAGGCUUGUUCCCAGUUCAAUGUUUUGUUAGCUCCAUAUUGACUUAGCUUCCAACUAGUCUGCAAAUCACAUUUCUUUUGUCUCUCAUUGUCUUUUAUUUGGACAAAUUUUAUCCCACAAAAUUUGGGCAAAAUGUUUGUGUUAUUAUAGAAUCCAUGCCGUAAGAAUGUACCACUAAGCAACAUGACAAUCACAGUAUAUUUAGACUGCUUGCUGAGUGUCUCACAACUAUUUAAAACGGGUUAUUUCACAACUUUCACAACAAAAUGUCAGUUUUAAGUAGGUUUGUAUCUUUGAAUAUUAUAUUGAUACUGAUUAAAUGUCCCAGUACAAGGAAAGUUUUGCUGUAUUGGGAAGCACAUAAGAGAUGAUGCUGAGUUAGCACACACCUUAAGGUGCAACCUAGACACAUCGUCCGUGAUGUAACCUGGGGUCAUCACCCAGGCGACCCAGCCAGGGUUGAUCAGACCACAGUCUGUCUGACUUCUUGUGUGAUCCACAGCUCACCCCUUUUGAUCCACAGCCAUCUUGAUGCCCUUUAAGCAGCAUCAGUGAUGGUCCUUAUGGCUCUCAUGCUGUGCAGUUCUCUGAUCCCCAGCAACUUGAGGGCUAUGUAGAGUGACUGGCUGGCAAAUCCCACAUCGGGUCUUCUAUCUCCUGCUUCAGCAUUCACCUGUGAGCUCCUCAUGCUUGGCCUUCUUCUAUUCAAACGCCUCCUCCAGGGCACAGUCGAUUCCAGCAGGACCACCUGCCUUGAACAUGAAGGAGUACAUGAACCAUGUCAGGCCUGAGCGUUGUCACAGCUAUGGUGUCUGUAUUUGAAUUUUAAGAGCUACUGAAUACUUAAUAUUAAAAUUUAAUUCAAUUUCAAUUCAAUUUUAUUUAUAAAGCCCAAUAUCACAAAUCACAAUUUGCCUCACAGGGCUGAUUUAACUGAAGUCAUAGAAUUGAAAUAAUUUACUUUGUAAACUAUGUCUUUAAAACACUCAUCAAAACAUACUUUAAAGGCCUUUUUUUACAGUAAAUCUUUUGUGUGUGUAGUUUCUAUCCUACUUUUAUCAAUUUCAUUAUUUAUUUAUUUUUAU